CAUUGGUCAGCCGAGUGGCAGCCACCCCACUUGUCCAUCUUCCUCGUCUCAAUCGCCCGUCUCCAUUCGACGAAUUUCAUCCAAAACGCGCUCCCCGUUGACAGAUCGCGUCCUGCGACACAGUGAUGCGCAUCGCCGGCCAUCUCAGCACGACUUUGCGCAAACAUCCUAGUGCUAUGUAGCCCGUUUCGACUAGUGGCCGCAGCUGUUCGCCAUAUCUUUGAUAAUUACUGAACAGUCCGUAUCCAGAACGCUGCGCCAUCUACGCAGAAGACUGACGCAGCUAUUACGAUGCCGACGGCACAGCAUCCCCAGGCAAAAUUCGACCCUAUUCCUCCCGAUCUCGAUCUGCAUGCGCUCGUCGAGAGAACACCCAAUUUUCAUUGGGUUUUGCGGAUCUCGGCCGCUCAGAUCCGCAAUAUCGGGGCCCAGGAGUUCGAAAGGCUCGUUUUUCUCCACGUCAUUCAUGGCGGGAAGCCUCUUGUGAUUGAGAAAUGGAACGACCGGUUGCCCAAGUCGCUGUUCAGCGCACAGUGGCUAGAGGCUACAUACAACAAGAAACAGGAGAACAUUCGAGACAUUGUCGCGCAAACCGACAUACCCAUGACGAUGGGCCACUAUCUACGGUCGAUGAAGCAGUUGGCUAACCAGUGGACCCCAACCAAUUACCGCGAUGAGCGGCGGCAAAGAUUGUACAUGAAGGACAUCGACUGCCCGCCCGAGUGGCAUGCCCAUCUCCAGAAGGUGAUCCCACCGAAUCUCUUCUACAUGAAUGAGAAUGUGGAGGAGCGUGGAGGGGGAAGGCGCAACGGCGAUGUGGAUCUCUUUCAGGAUGGCCGGACACCCGCGCCCGCGGGAGAUCUGAUGAGCAGCUUGCCCGAAGAGAUGCGCGCCCAGAAUCUCAUGUGCUACGUCGGCCACGAAGGUACCUACACACCGGCCCAUCGAGAAAUGUGUGCCAGCCUGGGUCAGAACAUUAUGGUGGACACAUCUGGCGACGAAAACGGGGAAAAAUCUGGGAGCUCGAUCUGGUUCAUGACCGAGUCUAAAGAUCGCGAGGUGGUCAGGGAAUACUUCUUAUCCAUGCUCGGCCACGACAUCGAAAUUGAAAAGCAUUUUGCCCAAAUCAACGCUUGGAAAAAGGCUACGUUCCCCGUCUACAUCGUGGAGCAGAAGUUCGGGGACUUCGUUCUUGUUCCACCGCUCGCCCCUCACCAGGUAUGGAACCGGGGCACUAGGACAAUCAAGGUUGCGUGGAACAGGACGACACCCGAGACCCUGCAGUUGGCGCUGCACGAAGCACUUCCCAAGGCUCGGCUCGUCUGCCGUGACGAGCAGUACAAGAACAAAGCUAUCAUUUUCUACACCCUCGAAAAAUACUACAAGGAAAUGAUGGAUGCCGAGAAGACUGCUGACAUUGGUUUGCUUGGGUUUGGCCAAGAUUUGAUUAAGAAUUCAGCAAGGAUGAAGCAGAUGGCGGCCGACUUCAAAACGCUUUUCCGGCUGUUCACUGAAGUUCUCGUGGACGAAAUGUUCGCCACUAAAGAGAAAGACGUCGAUUACAUCGAAUUCGACUCCAACAUUACCUGCUCUUACUGUCGAGCCAACAUCUUCAACCGCUUUCUGACUUGCAAGAACUGCGUGCGCCACUUGGUAAAUGGAGACGAGGACACAUACGAUAUCUGCAUGGAGUGCUAUGUCAUGGGCCGCUCAUGCUUUUGCGUCUCCAAUCUCAGUUGGUGUGAGCAGUGGCGUUGGUCAGAUCUUGUUGAGCGCUACGAGAUGUGGCGUGCGCUGAUCAUCAAGAACGACGGCUACAUUAGCUUUGACGACUCACCGCUGCCUUUGGAGCUGGCGAGGAAGCGGUUCGGCAAGAAGUCUGUUGCGCAGAUCUGCCAGGAGCAACUUCGGGCACGACCCUGGAAGGACAUCAGCCAAGUGAAGGAACCAUCAGAACCUGAGAUAUCGGACCUCGAGAUGGAUGAAAACGGGCGGCCAGCGAAGAAGAGGAGAAAGAAGAAGGCAAAAAAGGGCGAUGUGUACCGCUGUCAUGUUUGCCAACACAAAGACUACACCUACAAGCUGGCCUUCUGCUCCAACCAGGGAUGUACCGACGCAUAUUGCUAUGGUGUUCUCUAUAGGGCCUUUGACCUUAUGCCCCAGGAGGUGAUGCAGAAUGAGAGAUGGCAGUGUCCCAAGUGCCUUGGAAUCUGCAACUGCGGAGCAUGCCGUCGGAUCGGCAACGGCAAUCCCUACAUCCCAAAAACCACCUUGCUCGGCCACGAUACCCGACGGAUUGCCGAUGAUCGCAGCGUUGAGUCCUUGGUUGAUUUCCGGGUUCACAACCUGUCAUGGCUGAAGAAUGUUGGGGAGGAAAGUCGAAGCUUGUCAAGCAAACGGAUGCAGCGGCUACUGCAAGCUGCCGAUGCGGAAAAGGCGAAGCAGGCAGAGCUGGCUGGCGAGGUUCCGGUCAUACCGGAGGGCGGACUGGCCGAAAGCGUUGAUGCCACGACGCAGCAACCUAUCGCCAACGGUCACGACCACCAAGGUGGAACACUGGGCCCUGGCGCAGCCGUGGGAGAGUACGGGGAUCAUCCGGACGGUCUUCAUGGCUAUCAACAGAAUGGCGACCACGCAGGUCCUAUUGAGGCCGUUGACAUGUCCCUGAGCAUGGUCCAGGAUCAGUCUUCAUAUCCUGACCCCUCUAUGCUUGGCCGGGAGCGGAUGCUCGGCAUGGGCUACUAUGAGCAGGAUGACAGUCCUGACAAGAUCUUGUUUGACCCUUACCAGAUGCCUUCCGCCGAAGCUGUUGCGCAGGCUGAGGCCGACGAUGAACCCGAAAUGUCCGAGUACCUGAAGAAGCAAUUGCGACUGGCGAAGCGUAGGGCGCGCCAGGAAGAAGACAACGAUCCAGACUUCCGAAUCCCCCGCUCUCACCACAGGAAGAGACCCAAGCUCGACCACGAUGCCCAGCGCGAUGGCCAAGAGAUUGCGUCGAGCAAAAUGGACCCAGCCCUCUUUGGCGGUGAUGUGACAGUGACUGAAGCUCCGGCUGGUGAAGAAGCCGCUCCAAAAAGCCCUGCGCCGCCAGAAACAGCCGAAGAAGCGACCGAAGAGGCGGCUGAGCCAGCCAAAGCCCCCGAAGAUGAGCAUGAGUCUCGAGCCUCUUCACCCCACCGCCCGGCUCUCCGACAUGCACGGCCUAAGAUGUCGUAUCGUGAAGAGGGCGACGAAGAAGAAUUUGACGAGAUCCUGAUCCCUCGGUCGCGCAGACCCCCUGAAGGUAUUACCCAAUUUAACUCGGAAAAUGCCAACAAAGACCCUCUGGACCUAGCAUCGGCUGCUAUUUUUUCGACGAGCGGCGCGAACGGCCCAGCUCCCCAACAGGCAACCGCACAGACGGCGGUCGCGAAAAAGCGAGGUCGGCCGCGGAAGUCAGACGCAGCCCCAGCUGCGAAGGCAACCGCAACGCCGGAAGGGACAGGAAAACGGCGUGGACGCCCUCCGCGGGCGGGGUCGUCACUCGGCGCAGAGCAGACUGACAGACCGGACAAUGAAGAUAGCGCUUCAGCCACCGCGACUGACCUUGACGCUCAGCUUGCUCGACAACUCGAGGCCUUUGACGACGAAGGCGAGAUGAUCAGCAAUACGGCUCCGGCGCCCGCACCUCAGGAUACAGCUCCGGCGUCUGCGGGUCCUAGGAGACGCGGACGCCCACCACGUAAUGCCCAGCCAAGAACGGAAGCAAUAGUUGAGCUUCCUUCGCAACCGCUGCUGUCCAUGGCUGAGAGGAUGGAGCUUAAAGGGAAGAAAUUCAAAAUUGGUCAACGCAAGAGCGCCAGUGGGGCAAAGCCUAACGAUACCCCAUCGGCCAAGGAGAAAAGUACCGAGCCAGUCGCUGAGCCAUCUACGUCUAAAUCGGCUUCUAGUCCGGUUGCGGGUACAGAUGUUGAAGAAACUAAUAGAGCCAUGGAAGACGGCGGGCCGGGUCGGGACGGUAUAGGUGACGUGGUCGAAGAUGAAGACUUUGACCCUGCCGCGGCUGAGGAAGCCGUUUCAGAGGGCGCGUCCAACCGGUCCCCUUCACCGCACCGGUCCGUGUCCGUGAGGGAUGAGUCCUUUGCUUCUGCUGCCUCUCCCGGCCCAGCUUCCGCUACAGCUCCCGCAUCAUCGCCAUCUCCUUCACCCUCCCCCGCUCCAUCGUCAGCUGCCGCACCUGCUCGGCGGUCUCCGCCUCGGGGACCUUCCGGUGUGACCAUUGUUAGGCUCAUGGACACGGACGAAGAAGAGGAUGGCGAGUACUACGGAAACUCUGCGAGCGAGAAUGAGGAUGAAAGCUCGCAGUCAGAAGGCAGCGAGAUGAGUGUCGCGCAUGAGCCGAGCGUUACGAAUUCGGAUUCGGACUCACACGACGAGGAUAUACCAAGGCGUACGGAAGACAGCCGCCCGCGUCGGGGAAGGCCACCGGCGACCACUACCAGGGGAAGAGGGGGAGGAAGGGGCAGGGGUAGGGGCAGAGGCAGGCCAAGGGGUAGCCGAUAGGUCGUGGAUAUCCGGACAGAUAUGGUAUGAGGUUCGCGUUGCUGGCAAGGGUCAGAUAUACCCCCUUAUUAUUUGCUUUCGUGGGUUGUAUUUUCUGGGAAUUUGUUUGUUGAGUGUAAUGUCAGCAUGGGGGGAUGGGCAAAUUGCCU